UCUGUGCCAUCACAAAUACACACAUAUAACCACAUGUACGCAUGGACACUUGAGGCGAGUAUAUACAGAGGCCUUUAUAAACGUAUGAUACAAUAGCACCCUUUAAGCACAGUAGACAACUAUGUAUACUAUCGUAGGCUGAAUUGUCGUAUACAUAUCACCAAAUCUAAUUGCAGUAUAAUGCAUAUACUUGGAUAAAAUCCACACGCUUAAUACAUGUGAGUGUACAUUUGAAUUACCUGCCACCAAUAUGGAAGCGAGCAGCUCAGAUCUCAAUACCAUUUCAGAGAAGAUGGAGGUAACUUCUCCUAUUGUAACAAAACCCAAAAGAGUUUCUCGAUUCAAAGUUACCGCCACCGCGACGCCUAAGAGUCCACCUUCACAGGAGGCGGAAUAUAGUCAGAGCACAGAACAUAACAACGAUGAAAAUGAGAGGAAGUCAAUGGAUUUAGGCAAGGAUAUCCAACAGGAGGGACCAGCCGAUACUAAAAUCAGGGUCGUUGAGAAGAGUAGUGGUGCGCAGAUGCCCGAUGCAUCUUUGGGGGCGGGAGGCGCACCAAUUGGAAGUAGUAUUCCUGAAGGCAAAGCUGAGCGUGGCAAACACCUGCUUCCAUCGGGUGAGACCAUGGAAGCAAGAGAAACCUCAGUAUUACAUGACAGUGAUGCUAAGACGUAUCUGUCGCAAGGGAGUGGCGAGGUGAAGGAGCCUAUCAACCGCAGCAAAACUUUAGGUGUGGGAUUGGUAGAUGGUGGCGGAAGUCAUCUGCAGAGCACGAGGCGGAGAUCUGUAGGAGUCGUACCAAGGGUUAGUGUACAGAUUAACGGCACUGAUACCAGUGCUACUGUGGCCUCUGAAUCAAGCCCAGAAGGUGUUGUCCUCGCACGCAGACAUUCAGUAUCAACAGGGGAAGUAGUCGGACGGGAAAGGUACACAGAGAAUCCCGCCAUGCAGGUUGACUCUGCAACACACACAACCAAACAGGAAUCCAACGUGAGUGAAGGUUCAAGCCCAAGGCUACAACAGCUCACAACGAUACAAGUGCCGGGCAAUACUCUGCAGAGUAUGAGUGAGUAUAACGCACCGAAUGGCGCACCUGUGGUGCAGGACGCGCAAGCACCUGUAGACGCACAUCUCGUGCUGUUGAGCGAUGGCCAUGAGGGCUGUCUGCCACAGACGCAGUUGGUGCGACAACUGACUGAGAGACUGAAUAAUCUGCAGGGUGUUCAGGGCCUAAUGGUGCAUGAUAACGGGCGUGAACAAACUUUGCAUGAAGUCCCAAAUGCAGUAGAAUACACGCACGCACACACACAGACAGGCGCAACCACUGAACAGGGUGUGUUGUCAGUUGAUAAUAGACACGAAAACGAAGGGAACAUGCAGCACCGGGAUGCCAUAAGAGAUCGAGAAUUGGGCAUGCUGCAAGCUG